UUUUGAGACUUGCCCGCAGCAGCAGCAGCAGCAGCUGCAGAAGCAGAGGAACCAGCCCUAACCUAAGCGAAGGCGGGGUUAAAGACAGAAAAAAAAACAAGGAAUUUCCUGGUGAGCUACGACAACACAGGAAGAUGAACGUGGGCGUAGCUCACAGCGAGGUGAACCCCAACACGAGGGUGAUGAACAGCAGAGGAAUAUGGCUCACCUACCUGCUGCUGACCGUCGUGCUGCACAUCGUCCUGCUCAGCAUUCCUUUCUUCACCGUGCCGCUCGUCUGGACUCUCACCAAUGUCAUCCACAACUUGGUGAUGUACCUGUUUCUACACACAGUGAAGGGAACUCCCUUUGAGACACCGGACCAAGGCAAAGCUCGUCUGCUCACACACUGGGAACAGAUGGACUACGGAGUCCAGUUCACGUCUUCGCGCAAAUUCCUCACCAUCUCGCCGAUCGUUCUGUAUAUUCUCGCCAGUUUCUACACGAAAUACGACCCCACGCAUUUCCUAAUCAACACGAGCUCCCUCCUCAGUGUCCUCCUCCCAAAGUUGCCUCAAUUUCACGGAGUACGGAUAUUUGGGAUCAACAAAUACUGACUGGAACACUGGAUUUUAAACCACUGACACUGGACCGCUGAACUAUUUUUAUGUUUAGGAGGUUUUGGCUGGGGGAGGAGAGUUCAGUUUGUCUUACAAACUGUGUGGAGUAAUCUAUGAAUAUGCAGUUUUUUGCUGCCUUUUGCAGCCUGAAAAAAAAAAAUGUAAAUGCACCGUUGCUGUUGAUGUUUUUCUUUACUGACAUUCCUGAUGUAUGUUUAUCAAAAGCCAGACUUUGUUCUCGGCGUCGAGAAAGAACGUAUCUGAACUGCACUGCUUUUCUGUUGCUUAUUUUUAAAACGGUCAUCAUCCUCGUCUCUACGAAAUGCACUGGCUGCACGUCUGUAAAACUGUAUCCGUGAAUGAAUUCAUCGUGGCAGUUUGGUUCCAUGUCCUAAUAACACUUUCAUAAGUUUCUUUCUUGAUUUUACUAUGAAGGAUUUACAUGCAGCAUGCAUUUACAUGCCUACAAUAAAAUACGUCAGUCUUUGUUUUGCUAUCGUACACACAAUCAUAUACUUACGUUUGUGGAUAUAUUAUAUAAAUGAGCGGUGAGAGCUACACGGUGUGCACACUUGGUUGUCUUAUCUU